GGGAGCAACGGAAUAUAACGAAUCUCUCGCGACCGAACAGAUCCGGCACGGAGUUGGAGCUUGUGUGUGCCCUGCGUCGAUUCCCGCGUUUUCUCGUCUCGCAGCGCCUUCGCCCCGGGAACCGAAAAAUCCGUAAAAUCGUGAGAUUUAUCACAGAGAGCCACGCGAAUUUCCAUGCCGGCGGAAAGCGGGAUAAUUCCACGUCAUUUCGGCGACAAGUUCGGCGAUCUUGUCGGUUAGCAAUUAAAUAAGAAACAAGAACACCAAAGUUUCGUCACAUCCUAAAAAUGGCACCCCCGAAAAUACUUGGACAAAAUAGACAAGGCAGCACUGCAACCUUGAGAAAAGGGAUAACAACUAGGAGUCAAAAUUCUUUAUUGAACAAUGUAUUGAAGUCCAAUGUUGGCAGAGAAACUCGCGCCAAGCGAAAAGCAGAGGUUUCGCCAUCCAAAGAAAGAACGAAUAAAAGAUACGCCUUUGCAAACAUCACCAACGCCAUUACUACGUCGCUAGGAGGGCAAAAUCAACCAGCAAAGAAGGUGGUUAUUCUAUCGAAACCAGUUGAUGAAAGUAAUGUAGCUUCAGAGAAACCUGCAGACGUUACUGCAUUAAAGGUUGUACCAGCGAAGGUAAAACAAGUGCCUCGUGUAAAACCUAUUAUCAAAAAAGAUGAUAAAACAGAGACUGCCAACAAAAUUGUAAAUAAUAAUAGACGAAGUGCAGAUUUAGAGAAAUCCGAGGAUAAUUCGUUGUACGUCAGUGCAUUGGAAGAUGUCAAUGAUAGCAUAAAAAGGACUCGCAGAAGCAGCAAUAAGGUUGACGAAAAAGCAAACGACAAACAUGUGGAAAAAGUUGAGAGAGAACCCACAUCUCCCGCAAGUGAGAAUAAAGUUUCGGUCGCCUCUGUGUUGAUGGCCGUACCUGAAAGGCAAUUACCCGAAGGCGUUCAGUGGGACUUCGAUGUCGAGAAUUGGCUAGACCCGUACCAGGUAUCGCACUACGUAAUGGACAUCUUCGAGUACCUGAAGGAAAGAGAACGCCUAUUCCCCAUCGGCGAUUACAUGGACCGGCAAGUGUGCCUCUCGCAGUGGAUGAGAGCGCUAUUGAUCGACUGGAUGGUCGAGGUUCAGGAGUCGUUCGAGUUGAAUCACGAGACCCUGUAUCUGGCUGUGAAACUGGUCGACCUAUACCUGACGAAGAUGACAGUCGGGAAGGAGACUCUGCAAUUGCUGGGAGCUGCGAGUCUCUUUAUAGCAAGCAAAUUUGACGAAAGAAUACCACCGAUGGUGGAAGAUUUUUUGUACAUAUGUGACGGUGCUUACACGCAGAGGGAGCUGAUCAAAAUGGAAAUGAAUGUUCUAAAAGUAGUCAAUUUUGACCUGGGAAUACCUCUUUCUUAUAGAUUUCUUCGGCGUUAUGCUAGGUGUGCCAAGGUCUCCAUGGCCACGUUAACCCUGGCUCGGUACAUAUUGGAGCAUUCGCUUAUGGAUUAUACGAUGAUCAGGUACAGCGAUAGUAAAUUGGCAGCGGCGGCGUUACUAUUAGCGUUGUUAAUGAAGGAUCUGGGAGGAUGGAAUCAAACAUUAGAAUACUAUAGCGGUUAUAAACUUGACGACAUGAGAGAUAUUUGCAAUCUUUUGAAUCAGAGCCUGCAUAAGAAACACAAAGAUUCACUAAAGACUGUCCACAAUAAAUACAGCCACAAGAUUUUCUUCGAAGUGGCAAAGCUGCCUUUAAAAGAGACUUUAGACAUAUAAUAGAAAGAGUACAAAUAAGAGUAAAUCGAUGGAAGUCAAACUUGUAAGUCAAAGAAAGUGUCCCAAAUUCAGUAUAAAUACAGACAAGUGAAUUGCUCUAGUAACAUAGCAUUAGGGAUUAUUAGGGCUAGUCGUAUCAAUAAUUGUUGAACAGUUUGAAUGUUUGUUAAUGCGUUGUAAAUGCUAGCGAAUGGCAACGCUGCUCUCUAAAUUGUGUAAUGCGUGAAACAGAGGAAUGCGAGAAACGUAAAAAAAUCUCGAAUGUCAAAAAGUUUUGUCGCGAAACUUCACCGAGUUUUUUUAUGGGUACAUUAGAUGGCGUAUAUAUUGACUCAUUAUCUUUAUUAUUAUUAUUAUUUAUAUAUGUAUAUGACAUGGUAAUCUCUAUAUCACUUUACAGUCUUUACUAUUUGUAUAAGUCAUUUUACUAAUUCUUUUUCUUUUUUUAUUGAAAAUUUAUUUUAGCGCCACUCUUUUAUAUCUUUGCGAGAGUAAUCUCUCUCAACCUGAGAUUUGAUGUCGAGUUUUUUUUUCAAAUAUUUGCAAGAAUAGACUGAAAAGUAAUGCACGUCGAAUUGGCUCGUGAAUGAAAAAAUCUGUACAUUUUCAAAAUUUAAAGAAAAGAAUAAAAUUGAUCUACUUUUUUUUACAUGAUCGCCCCUUGUAAUCCUAUAAAUUUUUCCUAGUGAAAAAUUUCUUUGGUAAUCGUAACAUCAUCGUUCAGUUAGCUUCACCAUCCACGGAAGAAUACGAUGCAUUUUACGUCGAGAGAAGAAAUGCGAAUUGCACAACGUCAGAUCUGUCGAUCCGAAUUGAAUAUCGUAACGUCUGUCGCAACAUCUUUUAUCGCGAAAUUCGUACAUAAAUUUUGAAGCGGUCGGGUUCAUAUUUGCGAAAUUAAUUUUAUUGCUCCAGAAUCCACGCUUCGAUUAGCGUUCCUAAACAUGUCUCUAAAUAAUGACAAAAUUUCAUUAGAUCGCACAAAUUAGAUCUAAUUAGCAUAAUAUAUACUUGACUCCGACCAUUGCUUGAGAAUCAUUGAAAGUGGAGCAAAUUUGCCUUCAGUUAUUAAGAGUAAUCGAAUAUAGACACAACUGUUUCUAUCUCGUUUCUCAAUUGACUGUAUGCGUUGCUUUUCAGCCUAUCUCCUCGUAAUUUAUCUUCAUUCAAUCCUUCGAUGCCUUUCACGAAAGAUAUUUUAAGGAUUAUACUUGCCGAUCGUCGAUUGAUAGUGCGAACAUGAUUACGCAAGCGAGUGAUCGUGUGACAAUUCUCACCGAAGGUAUACCGUCAUAUAAAGGGUGUGGCGCGUUGUUAUCAUUGUUGUAUUUACAGUUAGGCUUCCCGUAUAUCUUCAUCACAGGAUCAAACUAACUUUUCUUGUCUGUCCCCUCCCGUCUCCAUGCAAUUUCAAUAUUGACAGUCUGAUCAUUGAAAUAUGAUUGGAGGUCGAAGAACGAGAGGAGCAUAAAAAAAAAGCUAACUAAUUCCCGGGAAAUGCAGCGGAAGCCUGACUGUAAGACGUAGACUGACUGAAGCUUAUGUUGUUGGAUGAGAAACUCGGAUUUCUGUUACAGUCACGAAAUGAGAUGAUAAAAAGCGAAAUAUUUAUCGCAGAUAAUCGCGGAUGAUGUGAAAAUUCCACAUAGGGUUAGAGGCGUUUUCCUAAAGUAUCCUAUGUCUGAUCUUAGAUAUCUAGCGAUCUAAUCUAGCUGUACUUCUAACAAUUAUGGCAAUUUGUUUUUAGGUAUGAUUUAAAAACGCCCGUUUUGUACAUUUAGCGAAGUAAGAUCUCUAUC